CCGCCGCCCCCGCCAUGGCCAACUUCACCGGCACCUGGAAGAUGCGCAGCUCGGAGAACUUCGAGGAGCUGCUGAAGACGCUGGGGGUCAACAUGAUGCUGCGGAAGAUCGCGGUGGCUGCGGCCUCCAAACCAGCCGUGGAGAUCAAGCAGGAGGGAUCCUCCUUCUACAUCAAGACCUCCACCACAGUUCGCACCACGGAGAUCCGUUUUGAGAUCGGCGAGGACUUUGAGGAGCAGACGGUGGAUGGGAGGCCUUGCAAGAGUUUGGCCAAGUGGGAGAACAACAACAAGAUCGUGUGUGAGCAGAAGCUGCUGAAAGGAGAAGGGCCCCAAACAAGCUGGACCCGGGAACUGACCAAUGACGGGGAGCUCAUCCUGACCAUGAAGGCGGACGACGUCGUCUGCACCCGGAUUUACGUCCGCGAGUGAAAGGACUCCAGCCAGUGCCAGACACAGCGGG